AUGGCCGCGUCUGCCAGUACACAUCCUGAUCUUCCCGAAGUCCCAACCACGCCGGGGCAAAAAAGGAAAAGGGCAAGCGAGUCCGCCUCACCCGAUUCGCGCCGUAGCAAGCGUGGUGCUCCGACUGCUCCAGCUUCAGCUCCAGCUAUGUCGGUCCCAGAGUCUGAUUCGCAAACGUUUCUGGGGGACACGGUGAGCAUCGCGCAGGCCGCGCAUGACCAUGUAAGCGUAGACGACUUCAGCGCCCUCGCCCAAGCUACCGUCUCGGACCACAACGAUGCAGCUGAUACCAGCAACGCGUCAAACACGGCGGCUGCGGCGUUGAACAUGUACCCGUCGCUUCAUGUGCCUCAGUCCACCGAAGAGACAUUCGCAAAUCAAGCCACGCCAGAGUCUCACCACUCUGAAAACAGCUUCAACAAUCAUUCUGUUAGCCAGCCGCCUACAGAUGGCUUGCCUUUACCCGCUCCCCCCGCGCCUGCGCAACAAACCCCUAACGGGGCGCAGCAAGAGCAGCGGUACAGCGCUCCUCCCAACGCCAAGCCUGCGGUUGGCUCUGAGGAAUGGCAUAAGAUGAGAAAAGAUAAUCACAAAGAAGUCGAGCGCCGCCGUCGUGAGACGAUCAAUGAGGGUAUCAACGAGUUAGCAAAGAUUGUCCCUGGCUGUGAGAAGAAUAAAGGCUCAAUUCUCCAGCGGGCGGUCGCCUUCAUCACGCAGUUGAAGGAGAAUGAACAGCAGAACAUUGAGAAGUGGACACUCGAGAAGCUGCUGACGGAGCAAGCCAUCGCCGAACUGAGCUCGUCCAACGAUAAGCUCAAGCAGGAGUGUGACCGGCUCUACCGGGAACUCGAUACCUGGAAGCAGAUCGCUCAGAGUGCGGGCUUGCAGCCGCCGCAGGAGAAGGAGGAGACAGGCUCCAGCAGCUAG